AUGUUCUCAUCCGAACGGCCCGUAGGCCCGAAGUGUGUUGAUAUUCCAAGCAACUUGAGUAUUUGCAAUGGAAUUGAGUAUACACAAAUGCGUCUUCCAAAUAUCCUGGAGCAUGAAACAGUCUCCGAAGCAAUUCACGCAUCAAAAGAUUGGGAAAGUCUUCUUCGUUUAAAUUGUCAUCCAGAUACACAGAGAUUCCUGUGUUCUCUGUUUGCACCAGUGUGUCUAAUGCAAAUGGACAGAUUGAUUCUUCCCUGUAAGAGUUUGUGUAUGGCAGUCAAACAGGGUUGCGAAAACCGAAUGGCCAAUUAUGGAUUCCCGUGGCCAGAAAUGUUGUCGUGCGACAAAUUCGAAGACGACGACAUGUGUAUAAAGCCAAUGCAAGAGGCCAAACCACCGGCAGGUAGCACCACAACGUGCACGGCGUGCUCGCAAGUCGCCACCUACGAGAAUCUUGUCGAUCAGUUUUGUAGAUCAAAUUUGGUCUUGAAAGGAAAAGUGAGCCGCAACUCUCCAACACAUAUUCUUGUUCGAAAUGGACGCAGUAUGAAGAAGGGCGAACGAAGGAAAGGUGUUUCUGAAGUUGAAAUCCGUUUAACACCAGAAUCAGACAGUGGAUGUCCGUGCAAUGUUCUUCCAACAAAAGGACCAAACGAGAAGUUGUUAGUGAUGGCAAGUCGACAAUCUGAUGGUAAAUAUUUGGCCAACUUGGUGUUGCCAUGGCAAAAAGAGAAGAAUUUCAAACGAGCCAUCCACCAAUUCCAACGUCUCAACUGCCAAUCCUUGGGCCGUGAAAUCCGCGAAUCCGCUUAUCGACGUCCGCAUUAUUACGAAAUGAGACGUCAUAAUACGGGAAGAUACCAGAUGUUUUGA